AUGGCUUCUCUGCUGGAGCUCUCCCACGAACUCCUCCACUGCAUCUUCACCGAGAUCGAGCUCGCCGACCUCUCUGCCUUGGCCCAGACGUGUCGAGUCCUCAACAGCUAUAUCAGAAGUAACCGCUUGCUCCACAAAGACCUAUACACGGGACGGUAUGACGAGCCAACGACAUGCGAAGAGGAGCCGGACUACGAAGACCUCUUGCAUCGAGCAGUCCGCCUCGAGAAGCUGUUCGACACAGAAGACGUGGAGGCGAAAAGACGACACUUGCAUUUCGUCGCCCAGGAAAUCCCUCGCCUAGUCGAGCGAGCAGACCUGCAGCAAGAUAAGAGCAAGAACAUGCAAUGGCUUGAAGAUGCUUUUCGGAAUCCAGACAAUGUGGACAGCUUUCUCUGCGCAAGCAGCUUGUUCGCGCCAGGUCGUGCUGGCGGCAACGAUCAGAUGGCCGCGGGUACAGAGGAGCUGAGACAGGCCAGUGCAAAGCUGCACUGCUUGUAUGGUACCACUGUUUGCACCCGAUCACACUCCGCCGGCAGGACCACUCACACCUACGCACGAAGCAAAGUCUACGACCUUCGCGAGUACACAGAUGCCACACGGUGGGGUCCGUUCAUGAAGGAUGGCAGCCAAAGAGUCGACUGGGAAAAGGUCGAAGCCAUCAUGAUCGUUCUGGGCUUCAACCUGCGGAAGUUCACAGAUCGCUCAGACGGCCGCUUUCCGAUCGUCUGGCGAGAUCCUUGGGUAGGCGCAACACCCGGCUCCUACAAAUCAGCUCCCAGAAUCGGCGACCCUUCAAAUCACCUCGAAGAAGAAGAAGGAGACUACAAGAUCCGAGAACUUGCUCUCUCCCUCGAUGCCAUGGAUCCUUACGGCGUGACAGGAAGCUGGAUGCGAGUCGUCUGCUUCCUCGACUACAACGACCUCUACGCCUUCAAUUUCAGCGAAAGAAUCCCCGACUCCCAACCCAGAGAGCCGAUUGACACAGAAGAAGCCAUCCGACUGAUUCGCAUCAAGUUGCAAGUCACACGUAUCGAAGCACCCGGAACGAGAAACGACGAGGACGAGACGGAAGAUGACGGCGAUUGGAGAAGUUUCCAGGGCGAAAGAUUACCAAUCGUGCACUUCCGCGGCACGAGUCGGAGUCUGCAUGCGAGUUGGGAUCCCAAUGCCAAUUCGAGGAUACGAGGCAGUGUGAGGCAGACUCCCGAGGGAGAAAUCAGGUGGACUACAUUCUCCAUCUUCCAUGGUGAGGAAAGGUGGAGGAGUGAAGGUAUUCAGGUUGGUGGGCUGAAGUCUGCAAGGGGCGUGCUGGGCAAUUGGUUCGACAAGGACUACGAUAUGCACGGUCCCGCAGGCCCUACUGCUUUCUGGAAGGAAUCCGAUGAGCUGGAUGAG